AUGGCCGGUAAUGUCGAACCAGAUUAUUCCUUCUGGCAAGAGGAGCAGGAGAAAAGAUUGAAGACCGAAGAUAUCCUCGCGCGCAAGGAGCAAGAAAUUCCAAUUGGCGGUGGUUUAUCCCAAGGGAGUUUAGUAUCAUUAGAUAUGAAAAGAGAUGAAUGGGCCGCAGUAUUGAAAGAGAUUGUGGAUGCCAUCAACGAACACGGGCGCGUAAUCGACGAUUCCGGUAUCCAAUUCAUCAGCAAUCAAUGUAUCAGGAUGAGGGAGAUGAUAGUGGCAGGACAUCAACAAGCGAUGUCCUACCGAGCGAAAGGUCGUGUGUGGCGGGGCUUACGCAAUCGUUCUGAGCAGUAUAUUUUAGAGUUCCGAAGAGCGACACAGUAUUAUUUCACGACUCGGAAGGAAAGUUCGAAUCAAGAUAUGGAUCCGGCGAUAUUUCGAACCGCGGUUGCGGAUUGGCAUGCGGCUAUUACGACGACUUUGAGGGUUCUUCGUGAAGCGUUGGGAGAGGAAGAAAGUCAACGGGAAGCGGAGGAUGUGGAAUAUGAUUCGGAUACUCAAGAGCCCGUCAUCAAUCUAAGACGUAAUCAUAGUACACCUCAGCAAUUCAGCAAACUUGUUCAGGAGGUCAUUGAAAUGGUAGAACUCGCAAAAAACGUAUCGGGGAAUGGUAAUGCGGGUUCGAGUUACGAUCGAAGAGUACAGCAAGAGUAUAUAAAAACACAAGAGGCUCUAAAGGAAGUUUCCCAACGAAUGGAAAAGUUGGAAAGAGAAAGGAGAGAUUUCUUUCUGGCUCGCGGUACACGUCCCCCUGAUCAAGAUUGUGCCAAAGAAGCAGCGGAAAUAGAUCGAUUGGAUAAGGAAUUGAAACAAUGUCGGGCAAAAUUGGAUGAACUUACAAAACAAUGCUAUCAACAAACCGAAUACAUCGAUGCAGUGGCAAGAGGUUUGAAGCCGAGUUCAAAUGAUCUAAGCCCUGGAGUUUUACUAUCCGAUCAAGCUUUUGAUGAACUAUGCAGACAUUUCGAUAGCUAUCAUGAAAAUGCAGAAGGAUCAGAAGCUAGAGAAAAAGAGCUGGAGAAUAGCUUGAGAAAUGUUAUACUUCAUCCAGACGACAACAAUAAGCAGGAAUUGGACAAGAAGCUCCGGGCUGAGAUAACUGCUGCAAAUGCUUCCAUUACCACAAAAAAUAGGGUUGUUGAGCUUCUACAGAAAGAGGUAAAGAAGCUAGUAUUAGAACGAAAAGCAAUGGGGGAGCAAACCAAACAAUACGAAUUAGACUUUGCAGCAAUGGAUCUCGAGCGAGAUAGACUCAAUGAAGCUUUAAAGGCAGCCGAACUGAAAGCGACGAAGAUAGUAAGAGUCGAAGCCACCGGAUCUGGUGUUUUUUCGAACGAAGAAAAGUUGAACUUAGAACAGCAGCUAAAAGAUCUCAUGGAUCAAAACAUACUUCACGAAAAGAACAUGCACCUUUGUCAAGAGACUAUCAAAGAUCUUCACGAAGAUAUUGCUACGAGAGACGCGAAAAUCAAAUCCUUGACAGUGAUGAUUAGUUUUGACGACAAUAUAAACAAAAAUCGACAGGAAAAACAAGACCUCCGAGAAAAAAUUAUCGCACUCGAGCAUUAUAUCGAUAACGAGUUAGCCAGACAGUCUAUAGACAACUAUGUCAAUCCCGAUGAUCCCGAUGAUCCAGGUGACCCAGAUGAUCCCAAAGGUGAAGCCGAGAAAGCAGCUCAAAAAGAAGAGAUAGCCCAGCUCAAGAAGCAAUUGAAGACAGAGUCUAAGAAUUACAAAGCCCAGAUUGACACGCUUGUAAAUCAACUGGAAAAAGAGUCUAAGACAGCCAACCCGGAGGUUGCAAAAUUCAAGACUCAAUUAGCCGAAGUGAUGAAAGAGAGACAUGAAAUUAUACAAAAGACUCAAGCUGAACUAGCUGCAGCAAAGAAAGAGAGUGAUGCGGCCUUGGCAGAAUCUGAAGCUCGACGAAUUGCGGCCGAGAAAGAACUCACUGAUAUCUUAGAAUGGACUCAGGAUGCACGAGCUGAGGCAAAGAAAGAGAAUGAAGCGGCUAUAGCAAGAUCCGAGGCUCGGUUGGCCCAGAUAAAGAAGGAACAUGAUGAAAUCAUAGCAAAAUCCGAGGCUCAACGAACUGCGGCAAAGCAAGAAAGCGAUGGGAUCAUUGCAAAUCUACGAACAACCAUUGACGAUUUGCGAACACAAAUCACAAAUUUGAACAGUGUAAACAUUGGGCUCAGAACAACCAUGCAAGAGAAAAUCGAUGCUCUCACAAAGGAGAACGUAGAGUUGCAAGGAAAGGUUCCAGAGGAAGUCGCUGCUAAUGGACCCCUUGCUAAGGCUCUCGAUGACCUUGAAAAUAGAGACUUGAGAAUCGCUCUUUUGGAUGAACAAAUCUCCGAUGCUAGCAAAAGGCAUGAACAACAGAUCAAAGAUAUUCAAGCAAGACUUGAUGAAGCUAGAUUAAAUGCGAAUGGUAUCUCACCACAAGGUCUACGAGUAUUGAGAAAGACUUUAGCCGAUUGUAAAAGAAAUCAUGAUGAUGAUCAAAUAACCAUUACCAAACUCGAAGCGGAGCUUGAUGCUUGUCAGCGAAGAGGAAAACAUCAACUUCGACAAUUACAAGAGUAUGCCGGUCUUCAUCAACAUGAUGAUGGAGAAGCUGCUGCGAAAGAAAGAAUCGCUCAGCUUGAAGUUGAGAAUGCGGCAAUCGAAGAAGAGUUGCAAGCUGCAAAAGUCGAAAGAGAUCGGAAAGCAGAAGAGGAUAGAAAGAGAGCUGCAGAAGCACAUCAAAAGGAAUUGGAUGAUGCUGCGAAUGAUGUGGAUAUAGAUGUUGCCAGUAUUACAUCACAUGAUUCCAAUGAAGAAAUCAACAAGCAGCAUAUCGAAAGGCUCAGAAAACAAACCGAAGAUCUCAAGAAGCUCCAGAGUAAGAAUCAAGAUAUGGAAAUACAACUUAAUGUUUCAAAGAAGAUUGUAGCAGCUCUUCAAGAUCAACGUACAGAUCUUCAAGACAAAUUGAGAGAGUGUCGAAAGCAUAGACAGGAACUUUUGGAUCGACCGCCAGAACCAGGCGCUCCAGAACCUGCACCAGAUGAUUCCCUGAGAGUUACGGAGCUCGAAGCUCGAAUUGCUGAAUUGGAAGCUUUACUUGCAGGAGCUGAAGAAUCUAGUGCAACUCUUCAAUUACAAAGAGAUGCAGCAAUUGCUGAAAAUGAAGGAAAUAAACAAAAGAUGGCUGAUCUUCAAACUGCUCACGAUAUAAUGGCUGGCGAGGGACCUAAACUUGGAAUGAAACGCAUCAAGACAAGAAUUGCUCUUCAAGCGCAAGCAACGAAACUUCGAAAUAUUGCAGCAAGAGAAGCAAAGCAAGCCGCAGAAGCUCUUGAGAAAGCACGAGCCGCGCAAGCUAAAAAGGAUGCGGAGCAAGCUAGGAAGGACGCCCUUGAAAAAGCCAGGCAAGAGGCGGAAGGUAGAGGAGAUGACCAUCAUCACGGUAACAACCAACCACCACCGCCACCACCAGGAGGUGGAGCUGGAGCAAUUGCAGUUCCGGGAGGGAGCAGUAAUAAUGACAAGCCGGAAAUUAUAAUCCCAAAAAUACCUACCGACAAAAAAGAUCCGCCUGCUCCGGCUCCGGCUACAGGUAGAGAAACAAGAGCAGACGCGAAGUUAACACCCGCACAGAAGAAGAAGAGAGAAGCCGAGCUCAAAAGACUAGCCGAAGAGAAUGCGUUGAAUCCUAUACCUGAUGAAGAGGAGGAAGAAGAAUCGGAGCCUGACUUGGAGCCAGACGAGGAUGACCCUCUAAAUGAUUCCGAUACAUAUUAUCAAAUCGCCGGAUAUGGUGCUCAACCACAGAAAUGGAGUUUUGCAGGCAAAAAGCCAGCUUCGAGACCCAGGGUCACAUUCAAUGAAAAGAAAUAUGUGGUGGAACCUGUGAUUGAGCAGGAGGAUGAGGAUGAUGGAGCGAAAGACGACAAAUUUUGGGAUGAAUUGAUGGAUUUUGAGCCGGCUCGCGAUAAAUCGGAUACGACUGAAGGGAAGAAGAGUUUGAAGAGGACUUCACCAAUUUCUGGCAAAAAAUCAAAUAAGGUGAAGAGAGCUAAGAAAUCGAAGGAUUGA